UCACCACAUAUGUCUAGAAUUCAAGAGCACUCCAGAGACAGUAACCCGCAGAUGUUCCUCAAAGUGUCAGCCAACAACCAAACACUGGGCACCAUCACCAUAGAGCUUUUCUCCCAUAUUGUGCCCAAGACGGCAGAGAACUUCAAGGUUCUCUGUACCGGGGCGAAAGGCUUCGGACUGCGGAACUCCGUCUUCCACAGGGUCAUACCGGACUUCAUGCAGGGUGGUGACAUCACAAAAGGGGACGGCACAGGAGGCAAGUCCAUCUAUGGCAGCAAGUUUGAGGAUGAGAACUUCGACGUUCGGCAUACUGGCCCAGGAAUCGUGUCAAUGGCCAACUAUGGGCGCGACACCAACAACUCCCAGUUCUUCAUCACGCUGAAGAAAGCCGAACACCUGGACUACAAACAUGUGGUUUUUGGUUGGGUGCGGGACGGCAUGGACGUGGUGCAGCAGAUGGGGGAGCUGGGCACGAAGGGAGGCGUGCCCACAAAGAAGCUGGUCAUCACAGACUGUGGACAGCUGUAGUUCAUUUUUAAUGUUCAGUUCAGGUUAUUAAGUCGAGGUAAUAGGGGACUUCUAGAAAACGAUGUGUUCCCAGUGUGGUUCAUUCUCUCCUGCUAAAACUCAAACCACGCUCAUCACAGGACGACUGGUCAACACCUGACUCCAGUAGCCUUGAACUAAAAAUUAUUUUAGCUUUAGACAAAAAUAAUUUUUAUUACCUUGGUGUCGUACUCUGGUUGCAGACUUGUUUAUUGUUUCUGUGUUGCACUUGUAUCUUUAUUAUCAUCUUUCAAUAAAUACUCUUUAAU